UCGAUAACCCUUGUCUAGAGUCAUUUGUGAGGCUCUCACGUGUGAGAAAAGACCAGUUUUGAGACUCUCAGGAAAUUCAGUGCCAGGCCUGAGCGAUCGAAGAUGAGAGUCUCGCUUGACUCUCAUUUUGAAGAGGACACUUUGGCCUAUCUAUCCAUGAAAAAAAAUCAAACCAUUUGUAUUUCAAGGUUUUGAGCAAUGACCUGGUUUUCCAAAGAUCUUCUGAAAAACCUGCUUCAUGGAAAGAUCUUGAAAAUGACUUUCAUUAUGAAAAGCUGCAUUUAGGUCCUAGCUUUCGAUUAGUGAAGACCGCAAGCAUCUACCACUUUUCUGUCAAACGUUAUUCAAAAAACAUCUGAGUCCAUUCUUUUUUUUUACUGACAAUGGUAGUAGAAUGAUGGGAGAAGGAAAACUGAAAAUAAUGGUGGUUUGACUGUGAAACUACACCUAAAUUCGAGCUUCGCCAACUACUAUAACGCAAUCUCAGCAAAUUAUUGAGUAACUCCAUAAUAACAUUGUAUUGUAACUGAUUUGGAACGCAGUUGAUUUUUUGACCUGACUACUAACUAUUUUAUUGAAGAUGGUCACGAUUUUUUUUGAGAGCAUAAUGACUAUGACUCCUUUUUUCGUUUAUAAAGUAUAUGUUGAUCAUCUUCCGGUUCUUCUUUAGGUCAAACUGUAUGGUCAAAAUUAAUUCGCAAUAAUACAGCUCAAACCUACUUAUUCAAUGCUGAACAAUACUAUGCGAACCAUCAAUUUUUGAACCGUUUAUCCAAACCAAUUAAACUCUAUCCGGGAGAUGAAAUUGCAACACGUUGUAUAUAUUCAACGACAAGGAGUACUUCAAUUACCUUGGGUGGAGAACCUCUGGAAGAUGAAAUGUGUGUCCAUGUAUUUCUGUAUUAUCCAAAAAUGACUAAUAUGGCGGGAUGUGUAUCAAAAAUAAGCACAAGGCAGUGGGAAACAAUAUACAAUAAAUCAUUAACCGCUAAUGUCACAAGUCAGAAUGAUUUUAAAACAUGGUUACAAAACAUAAAAUGGACGCAAGAAUCAAGUCAAACUUGGCAAGCAUUUUAUUCCACAGCUGAACGAGAACGUUCAAUAUCAAAUUUGAAUUUGACAGCAACAUUUUUUAUCCCAAACUAUCAGGAUAUAAAUGAAAUUUAUUGUAGUGUAAAUAACAAAACGAGGAUGCGAAACAAUAGUACCACAAAGGGCUGA